UACCUGCACGGUGUAAACAGUUUGGUGGGACCCUGGUAACCGUCGGUUCGCGACUGUGGUCUGGAGCGCGAGGGGGUGACUAACAGUCGCCUCGGCUUCCUGGGCUGUGCCUGCGGCUUCUUCUGUUCUCUGUGCGUUAAGAAGAAGGGAGCCCUGGAAGCGCAGCCCGACUGAAGAAAGGAGCUCUGCUUAGGAUCCCACUCCUCCCGCGGGACCUAAAAGAGGGUCUCGUGGGGAGCGGUGCUCCUGUGAGGGAAGAGCGGAGACCGCCUUUCCCCCUGCCCGCCCCUACUCCUCGUCAUCUCUCGACGGGAGAAAGGAAACGACGGCUGGGGCAUCCCGGGGGGGUGGGGGGGCUGCUUUUAUACGUCCGUGGAACGGAAACUCACAUUUUUUAUUCCCCAAAUGCCCGUUUCCCUCACCAGGGCGGAACAGGGGAGGAGGAGGCUGCAGGCCCCUUGCUUUUCCUUCUCUUCCAUCCUCCCAGCCAAGUAGGACAAUGAUGCAGAAGAGGCCAAAAUGACCACUUAGGCUGAAAAGAGAACGGCAGUAAGGGCCAGAUCUGUUAACAGGGUCUCUGCUGUGGAAGAUGGCGACACCAGGGAUGAGCUGGCAGCAGCACUAUUACAGCGGCAGCUCCUCGACCAGCACUGGUAAAUUCAACACCACCUCUUCUUCCUCAGUGACGUCCUCCCAGUUCGGCAUGGAAUACAACCAUGAUCUCCAUCUCAAAAUGAGCAAGAAAAUAGCUCAGCUAACCAAGGUAAUAUAUGCUUUGAACACAAAAAAUGAUGAACAUGAAGCUGCUAUGCAAGCUCUCAAGGAUGCUCAUGAAGAAGAAAUUCAACAAAUUCUUGCAGAAACCAGAGAAAAGAUUUUGCAAUAUAAGAGUAAAGUUUCUGAAGAAAUGGAUCUAAAAAGAAAGAUCCAGGUUUUAGAAGAGUCUUUGGAAGAUCACAAAAAGAUGAAGCAUCAAGCCUUAACUGAAUUUGAGGCUUAUAAGGACAGAGUUGAAGAUAUGCAACUUUGUGCAGAAGCUCAGCAUGUCCAGCGUGUUGUAACUAUGUCGCGUGAAGUGGAAGAAAUUAGAAAGAAAUUUGAGGAAAGAUUACGAAGUUUUAUACAGCUGCAAUUACAGUUUGAGAAGGAUAAACGUUCAGCUCUUGAAGAGCUGAAAGCUGCACAUAGACUUGAGAUCCAAGAACUUCUGAAGACACAUCAAAAUCAGAAUGUUACUUUAAACAAGGGACAGGAAAAAUUGGAAGAAUUGCGCAGGCAGGAUGUAGAACAGUUGAACGCCAAAGUAGAAGAGCUAAGAAUGGAAAGAAAAAAGCUCAUUGAGGACUAUGAAAGUAAACUCAGCAAAGCUCAAUCUUUCUAUGAACAUGAGCUUGAUACUAUGAAAAGAUCACAAUUGUUUACAGCUGAAAGCCUGAAAACCUGCAAAGAAAAGGAAGUGGAGCUAAGAAAGGAAUUUCAGAGUCAGGAAUCAGUUAUACGAAAAAACCUGGGGAAGCUUAAAACUGAGUUACAAAUGGUUCAGGAUGAAGCAGGCGGUCUACGAGAAAAAUGCCAGAAGCUUCAAGUGGCUCUAAGUACUGCAGAAAACAAUGUACAGGCUCUUCAAAAACAACUAGAUGAUGUCAAAGAGGAGGAAAUGUCAUUGUUAAGCAAACACAAAGAGGUUGAAAUUGAGUUAGCAGCUGCAAGAGAGCGCUUACAACAACAAGCCACAGAGCUAGUACUAAAAGCUAGUCACAUUGGAAUGCUGCAAGCUACUCAAAUGACCCAGGAAGUUACAAUAACAGAUUUGGAAUCAGAAAAAUCUAGAUUAAAGGAGAAAUUGUCUCAGCUGGAAGAAGAAAGAAAUGUAUUACACAGUAAAACGCAAAGUCUGGAUGAAAGACAAAGGCAGCAAAUUCUUACACUGGAGAAGAGAGUAAAUGAAGCAAGGGAAACACAACGAGAAUAUUAUGAAAAGGAGCUAAUGAAAUUGCAAGCCAGACUGGAAGGGGAGGCUACGCAGCUAAAUGAAGCUCAUUCCAAGGCUUUGGAGGAGUUGGCAUGGAAACAUAAUAUUGCUCUUGAAGCAGCACAUAGCAAUGCUAACAAGGAGAAAAAGAAACUGCAAAUGGAGCUUGAGCAGCAAUUUGAAAAAGAGAAACAACAUUUUGAAGAUGAGAAAAAUCAGCUUCGACAGCAGUUGGAAAGCCUGAGGGAAGAACUGACAACCAAAUUGACUUCCUCCAAUCAGGAGGUGGAGCGUCUACAGGAUCUCGUUAAAAAAAGUGAGCAGGGCCUUACUAUUGCAGAAGGGCACAUUUCUAGCCUCCAGGAGACCCAAGAAAUACUGCAAAAAGAAUUAGAACUAACUCAGUCAAAACUGAGAGAAACCACUGAUUCCCUGUAUAAUGCUGAGGGGGAGUUAGACAAGGAGAGACAGCACCAUGAAGCAAUGAUUGUAAACAUGAGGGAAGAGGAGAAAUUAAAACUUGAUAGAAUGGCUCGUGAUCUGGAAAUAAAAUGGACAGAAAAUCUUCGGCAGGAAUGUGCAAAACUUAGAGAAGAAUUGAGACUUCAACAUGAAGAAGAUAAAAAGUCAGCAAUGACACAACUCUUGCAGCUAAAAGAGAGAGAGAAAAAUGCCGCCAGAGAUAGCUGGCAGAAAAAAGUAGAAGAUCUUUUGGAUCAGAUCACUCUGCUAAAACAAAACCUAGAAAUGCAGCUUUCACAGUCUCAGGCCACAAUGCAGCAAUUGCAGGCACAGUUUAGUCAAGAGCGACAGAGACUGGCCCAAGAAAUUGAAGAACUGGAAGAAGAGCAUCAGCAGAGACAUAAAUCCAUGAAAGAAGCACAUAUCCUUGCAUUUCAGAGCAUGGAAGAGACAAAAGAAGAAGAGCAAAAGGAACUUGAGGAACGCUUGCAACAGAAGCAUUCAGAAGAACUUCAGGCACUGAAAGAUGCACACAGACAAGCUAUGGAUGCUUUCAAAAUAGAAAUGGAACAGGAAGUGCAGACUCUUCGCUUUGAAUUGGAAGAUGAAGGAAAAGCAAUGCUUGCAUCUUUGCGCUCUGAACUAAAUCAUCAACAUGCUGCAGCAAUUGAUCAGCUGAGGCACAAUCAUCAACAAGAAGUAGCAGCAGUUAAAAUGGAACUUGAAAGAAGCAUAGAACUCAGCAGGCACCAGGGCUGAGAGAGAAUGACGGGCCCAAAGUCACCUUGCCAGCUUCCAUGCACAAGAGAGG